AGAUAGACCAGCAUUAAUAACACUGUUUGUAAAUAUUUUGAAUUUAACACUAAUUCCUGAGCUCCUGUUGUUUGGCUUUUGCACAUGCAAAAUCAUUUUGGACAAACAAAAGGUCAUAUAUUGGCCUCUUCUAAAGACAUUAUAAAAUAGGUCUAUAAUAAAUGCUAAAACGGCAAAUCGAAUGGCUGUGACUCAAGCCGUACUACCUUCGUUUAGUUCGUUUUCAAACUACAGCACUGCCUCUGAAAAUAUGAAGGCUUGGAAGUUUGAAAAUGGCUUGUUGGAUUUGGACUUCAAGGAUUGCGGCAGUUAUGAAGCUUCACAGUGUCUGACAGAUGAGGGAUGUUUGGAUUUUCUGCUGUCUGAUUGGAGCAACACAUCACCUGAACGGUCCACCACUCAAAACUACACUUCCCAAAGGCCACCGCCAUUGCAGGACCAGAUUCAUCCGGAUCUCUACCAGAUUCAGGACUUGAGUGGUCAAAAGGACCAGGCAAGGCUAAACAGACCCCAAGUUUCCAUUACAAGUUCACUUGCUGAGCUACUUCCUCAUGACGGAUCUUUAAGUUCCUCAAUGCCAGACCUUUUUAAUGGAGGAUAUUUGGAGCAGCAACAAACUGGGAAAUCAAUCUCUUUAGCAGAAAACCCCCACCAGUUUAGUUUCCCUCUUGCAAAUAAUAUGGACAGAGCAAGCAAAAUAGGCAACAUGGGGAAGAUGCAGUCAUGGGAUUUUGGACACUACCCCCAGCCUGCAGCUCCAAUACCCUUCCCAGACUCCAAGUUUGUCCAGACGUCUGGGAUCAGCAUGGACAUGUCGGUCUUUCCUCCACGCCAUCACCAUGACUUUAUCCAAAACUACUCCCGCCCAAGACUCUACCAACAGCAAGUGCACUACGCCCACACCCAGCCAGCCAGCCACUAUCCCUCCACACAGAGCAUGCUGCCUGACUCCACAGUGCCCCCUGUAGAUCUGGAUAGGAAGCGCAUCCGGAAGGGGGCGUUGAGGAAGAAAGUCCCAGUACACAUUUGUGAAUAUCCUGGCUGCAACAAGACUUACACUAAGAGCUCCCACCUCAAAGCGCACCACCGUUCACACACAGGAGAAAAGCCAUAUCACUGCACAUGGGAUGGAUGCGGGUGGAAGUUUGCCCGUUCAGACGAGCUGACGAGACACUUUCGAAAACACACAGGACUGAAGCCAUAUGAGUGUGUACUCUGCCAUAGAGCCUUCAGUCGGUCCGAUCAUUUGGCACUACACAUGAAGAGACAUGUCUGAGAGAUGGGCGCACACACACACACACACACAGGUUUCCUCAGCUAUUUAAAUCAGGACAUACUAUUGUUUUUCUACAACUAAUUACUAUACACUAACCCUGACCCAUCUUAUAAUAAAACAAAAAACAUCAUUUACUCUAUUUAUUAAUUGUUUUAACAAUUGAAGAUGUGGCUGGAUUCCCCCAAAUUAUUAUAAUUUUUUUUUUUUAGGUUUAGCUCACUUCUGGAGAAUUGCAUUCAUUUAAUGCAUACAUUUAAUAGUCUUUGAGAGGACCUGUGUUCAGGUGAGGUGCUGGACAGUCUUUAUCCAUGAAAAGUAACUGACAUGUUCAUACUGUAUAUAAUAAAUGGAAUUAGUAUUUUGUGUGAAUUGCCAAAGGAAUUAACCCCUCUAGAUUCUCAAAGAUAAACAGCUACAAAAUUGUAAUUACAUACAGUUCAAACAUCUGACUAAUUUCCAAUCUGGACCCUUUCGCUAAACUGUAUGAUUUGAACGGUAAUACAUUUAAUUAUAUGUCACAAUUAGGAUUAUCUCAUGAACAUAAAUAUGCAAGAAAUAUAUUCCUACAUAGCUUUAAGUGUGAUUAGAAAAGAAAAUUGUUGUUUUUUAGGUCAAUAUUUACAAUCUACACAAAUAAAACAGCAGAGAGCAUAUUGUAUAAACCACAUGGUAUAAUUAACAGUUUACAUUUCUAAUUAACAUUCUAUUAUUUUAUGAUAGUGUUCUAUUUUCAGUCUUUAAAGUUUGAUUUACUUUCCAUAUUCCUAAAUGUGUGGACACAAUGUUUCCUUUUAGAUAAGCAAACAUCAUUAAGGGUGUAAUUGUUAUAGGCAUUUUGCUAUUUAUAUCAAGAGAAAAAUAAGUAUAUUAUGCUUGAGUUAAUUAAAAUAUUUUGAGUGUAUUUCAAGAUCUAUUUUGUAUUUUAUACAUUUUUGAUCAUCUAUAGCUUAUGAAAUUCUGUCCUUUCUGAAAGUCUCAUUUCUAACCAAUAGAUGGCAAACUAAUGCAAACCAUCCUCUCUGUCACCAACUGCUCCAGCGCAUUGAAUAAAGUUAAA